ACGGAGGAGAGCCGGUAAAGACGCUCCAGUCCCGGAGAACAGAAGAGAGGAGCGCCGGGAGAAUCAUGCGGUUUCCUGCGCUCCGGCUGCUGGCACUCGUGUGGCACCUCUCCGCGCUUUUACGCACCGCGCACACUUUCAAACUGCACCCGAAACAAGAAAGCUUCAUCAGUCAGCUGUCGUCGUAUGACAUCAUCACUCCAGUGCGUUUGAAUGAGUUUGGCGAGUCGUUCCCGCACCAGCUGCAUUACCGCAGGAGGAGGCGCAGCACAGACGCAGACCUCUCGGGUUUGAGGGCUCAUUACCGGAUUGAGGCGUUUGGACAGAGCUUUCAUCUGAACCUCACAGAAGACUCUGGAUUCAUUGCUCCAUCAUACACGGUUCUUCAUUUGGGAGAGGAAGAGAAUGGAAGAGACGCUGAAGACCUGCGACACUGCUUCUUCAGAGGACACGUAGACUCUCAAGCAGAACAUCACGCUGUCUUCAGUCUCUGCACUGGACUCAUUGGUACGUUUACGACGCACAGCGGACAGUUUUUCCUCGAGCCGCUGUUGAGCACUGAUGGAGAGGAAUAUGAUGAAGAACAUAACAAACCUCACCUCGUCUACAGACAUGACGCGAACAGGAAGUCACCUGACAUGCAGCCAUGCACCGUCUCAGAACAUCAUAGCGACAACCACAUCAGUCUCCACGGCAACAGAACCCUGGAGGAGGAAGUGACGUCGAUACGGGAAACAAUGCACAAACACGUGCCUCCCUCUAAAGACGAUCCCAGUGACUCGCAUUCACGCAAAAAGCGCUUCCUGUCCUACCCGCGCUUCGUCGAGCUCAUGGUUACUGCGGAUACCAAGAUGGUUCGACAUCACGGACGAAACCUGGAGCACUACAUACUAACAAUCAUGUCAGUAGUUGCCGCAAUCUACCGAGAUCCGAGUGUUGGAAACCUAGUCAACAUCAUGAUUGUCAAACUUAUCGUCAUACACAACAAACAGGAAGGGCCAAACAUAGACUUCUAUGCCGCAUCGAUUCUUCACAACUUCUGCGUGUGGCAACAGAGCCACAAUGUUCUGGACGACAGUCACCCGUCACAUCACGACACCGCGCUGCUUAUAACCAGGGAAGAUAUCUGCCGUGCAAAAGACAAGUGCGACACAUUAGGUUUGGCAGAGUUGGGGACGAUGUGCGACCCGUACCGCAGCUGUUCGAUUAGCGAGGAGAACGGACUGAGUUCGUCGUUCACCAUCGCUCAUGAGCUGGGACACGUGUUCAACAUGCCCCAUGACGACAGUCCAAAGUGUCGAGAGGCUGGAAUCAAGCAUCAGUAUCAUGUGAUGGCCCCUACACUGAACUACAACACCAGCCCUUGGUCCUGGUCCAAAUGCAGCCGCAAGUACAUCACAGAGUUCCUCGACACUGGUUAUGGUGAAUGUCUACUGGACGAGCCCUCAGGCAGAGCAUAUAACCUUCCUAACCAGCUUCCAGGUCAAAUCUACAACGCCAACCGACAGUGUGAACUCAUGUUUGGUCCCGGCUCUCAAGUCUGUCCAUUUAUGAAACAGUGCAAGCGUCUUUGGUGCACCAGUGCCGAGGGUGACCAUAAAGGGUGUCGUACACAACACAUGCCUCUGGCUGACGGAACCGAAUGUGGGUAUGGCAUGCACUGCAGGCACGGCAUGUGUGUGAACAAGGAGAUGGACGUGAAGCCAGUGAACGGUGAAUGGGGCCCCUGGGGGCCGUACAGUGUGUGUUCCAGAACGUGUGGAGGAGGAACCCGCAGCACAACCAGAGACUGCAAUAAACCUGAGCCGAGAAACGGUGGACGGUUUUGUGUCGGCCGCAGAAUGAAGUUCCGCUCGUGUAACACGGAGGCGUGUCCACGUGACCAGAGGGAUUUCAGAGAGGAGCAGUGCGCGCAGUUCGAUGGCAAACACUUCAACAUCAACGGCCUGCCGCCCUCCGUCCGCUGGAUGCCAAAGUACAGUGGCAUUCUAAUGAAGGAUCGUUGUAAGUUGUUUUGUCGUGUUGCGGGGACGAUGGUGUACUAUCAGCUGAGAGAUCGGGUCAUAGACGGAACCCCGUGUGGACCGGACACAUAUGACAUCUGUGUACAAGGCCUCUGCCGGCAAGCGGGUUGUGACCAUGUUUUGAACUCAAAGGCCAGGAAUGAUAAGUGUGGAGUUUGUGGUGGAGAUAAUUCCUCCUGUAAAACUCUUGCGGGAACCUUCAACAACGCACAAUACGGGUAUAAUGUCGUGGUUCGGAUACCUGCUGGUGCCACAAACAUUGACAUUAAGCAGGUCAGCUUCUCAGGAUCUCCGGGGGAUGAUAACUACCUUGCGCUGUCUGACAGUCAGUCCAACUUCCUCCUGAAUGGGAACUUUGUGGUGUCCAUGUUUAAGAGAGAGGUGACGUUUAAGGGAACAGAAAUCGAGUACAGCGGAUCGAACACAACAGUGGAGCGGAUCAACUGCACAGAACGCAUCGAGGAAGAGCUCGUGCUGCAGGUUCUGUGUGUAGGUAACCUGCAUAAUCCUGAUGUCAGAUAUUCCUUCAGUAUUCCCAUUGAAGAGAAGCGAGAGCAGUUUGUGUGGGAUUCAUCUGGCCCCUGGCAGGAGUGCAGUCGCGCAUGUCGAGGUGAGCGGCGGCGGAAGACUGUGUGCAUUCGGAAGAGUGACCACUUGGUGGUUUCGGAGCAAAGGUGCGAGUAUCUACCUCGACCGCGGGGUGCGACGGAGCCCUGCAAUACAGACUGUGAACUCAGAUGGCACGUCGCGGGCAGGAGUGAUUGUUCCAGUAAGUGUGGACCGGGUUACCGUACUCUGGACGUGUUGUGCAUGCGCUACAGUCAGAACAAGAGACUGAGUGAGCGUGUGGAGGGCAGAGCCUGCGCAGACCUGCCCAAACCGCAGACACGAGAGAGUUGCCAUGGAGACUGCCUUCUUAAGAGCUGGCAGUACAGCGCCUGGUCUCAGUGCUCUAAGUCGUGUGGUGAUGGUGUGAGGACACGUCAGGCGUACUGUAUGAAUAAUUUGGGUCGCAUGCUGGUGGACAGAGAGUGUGUGGAGCAGCAGAGAGUUUUAACAGAACCCUGUAAUGAUCUGCCCUGUCCCAACUGGACCACCAGUGAAUGGAGUGAGUGUUUGGUGACGUGUGGGAAAGGCGUCAGACACAGGCAGGUGCUGUGUGUUCUGGGAGAUGAGAAACUGAACGAUCAGCGCUGUGAUCCGAACACUAAACCGUCCGCCACCAGCCGUUGUGAGCUGCCAGAAUGUGCCGCCUGGCAGGUCGGAGUCUGGAGUCCGUGUUCAGUGACGUGCAGUCAGGGUUAUCAGAUGCGCGCGGUGAGGUGUGUGUCGGGAGCAUACGGAGAGACGGUGGACGACAAGGAUUGUAACGCAGCCGCGAGACCACGAGACAGUCAGGACUGUGAGUUGUCAGUUUGUCCUCGUGCAGCAGCUGUUUUUAACACACCAAAACCAGCAGAACCGGGUCAGAUGCACAUACAGUGGAGAUACGGGUCAUGGACAACUUGUUCGGUAUCAUGUGGCGAGGGCAGGAGAAAGCGGUACGUCAGCUGUCGGGACGCUCAGGGUGGAGUCGCCGACGAGUCGUACUGCGCUCAGUUGCCCCGCCCACCAGACAACUCGGUGUGCUUCAGUUCCUGCGGUCAGUGGAGAGAGAGCGAGUGGACUCCAUGUUCAGUGUCGUGUGGAGUGGGUCGGUCGACGCGACGGGUCAUCUGCAUGAAUUAUCACCAUCAGGUGGACGAGUCGUUCUGUCACCCGGAUGAGAGGCCGAGUACUGAACAGGAGUGUGCGUCCACGCCCUGUCAGUCCUCAUAUCAGUGGCCCAACAACCAGCCACACUUCAACUAUGACCCUGGCAACCACCCGGGACACCACAGCUGGAACGUCCCGUCUGCAGAUAACCAGUGGAGGACAGGACCGUGGGGAGCGUGUUCCAGUACAUGUGAAGGAGGCUUCCAGAGGAGAGUCGUGGUCUGUCAGGACGCAGACGGCCGAAGCACAAACCACUGCGACGAGAGAGUCAAACCUGACGAAUCCAAGAGCUGCAACUCAGGACCCUGUCCAAACUGGAACUAUGGCAUCUGGGGAGAGUGCACGCAGUCGUGUGGCGGUGGUCAGCGGACGCGGUUGGUGGUGUGCCAGCGUCCGAACGAGCAGAGAUUAAACGAACAAAGCUGUGACAUGCUCGACAAACCAGUCGAUAUGGAGCAGUGUAACGCCCAGCCCUGCCCGGGCACUGCCACCUGGCACAGACACUCAUGGAAGCCGUGUUCUGUGUCUUGUGGAAAGGGACUCAAAGAAAGGCAGAUCAUGUGUGUGGACCAGAACCAAACACAGAUCGAGGAGGAGCGCUGCGCUCACCUCAACCGACCGAGAACGCAUAAAGUCUGUAGGAUGGGAUCCUGCCCCAGCUGGAGGACCAAUCAAUGGAGUGCGUGUUCAGUGACUUGCGGCACUGGUGCUCAGACCCGUGAGACGUUCUGCAGGUCAAAGGGCAAAGGUCGAGUCAAUGAUGAGAUGUGUGACAUGCGUGAUCGUCCUGCGAGCGUUCAGUCCUGCUUCCAAACGGAGUGUCAGACACACAGCUGGAUGACACACGAGUGGACAGACUGUAACGCCACCUGUGGACGGGGUGUGAGGACUCGAGCGGUGUUUUGUGUGGAUGGAGGGAUGAACGCCGUUUCUGAUCUUAUGUGUGACACCUCGAAUAAACCCACGACUCACGAGUCGUGUCACAGCACCCCCUGUCUCUUUGUCUGGGUUACUACAGCGUGGAGUCAGUGUUCAGUGAGUUGUGGUUUUGGAAUUCAGCGGCGGGCAGUCUAUUGUUCUGCGUUGCCCUCAUAUUCUCAAGCUCUGCCCUUUGAAUGCUCUGAACCAGUGCCGCCCAACACCAGACCAUGCCAGCUCACAGAGUGCCUGUUACACGCACUCUGGAAGGUCAGCCCAUGGAGCAAGUGUUCUCAGCCGUGUGGUGCUGGCGUGAUGGAGAGGCGUGUCGAGUGUCUCAGUGAUGAAAACACCCCAUCCAACACCUGUCCCACAUCCACACGGCCAGAGUCUCGUGCCACCUGCAGACAGACAGACUGUGAACUUCACACAAGCUGCCGUGAGCUCCAGAUGAAGGACGGCAUCAGGAAAGACGGAGAGCAUUACAUCAAAGUCCAAUCCAAGAUACUCCAGAUUUACUGUGCGGAAAUGCAAAGCGGGUACCCGAAAGAGUAUGUGACCCUGCGCAGUGGGCAAACGGACAACUACUCUGAGGUGUAUGGAUACAGGUUGCAAAAUCCGUUUGAAUGUCCGUAUAACGGCAGCAGGAGGCAGGACUGCAUGUGCAGGAACGAUUAUGCUGCGGCCGGUUACACCGUCUUCCACCGCGUGCGACUGGAUCUUUCCAGCAUGUGCAUCAUCACGACUGAUGGGAAGUUUAGUCAAACACAGUUUGGUCGCUCUGUCCCGUUUGCCACAGCAGGAGACUGUUAUAGUGCCUCGAAAUGUCCUCAGGGUCAGUUUAGUAUCAACCUCACAGGCACGGGACUGAAGGUUGCAGAUUCGUCUAAAUGGGUUUCCCAGGGCAACUACGUCACGGUCAAAGUUCACCGUUCAGAGGACGGAACCAGAAUCUACGGCCGCUGUGGAGGGUUCUGUGGAAAAUGUCUUCCUCACCCUCAUACUGGUCUUCUUGUCCACAUCCAGUGAAAGAAACGUAUAAAAAGGUGGUAAAAAAUGCAGACACAGUAAACAGAGCUCUUCAAGAGAAAGAGAAGCUUAUUUAAUAACUGACAUCAAGACCGUCGCCGUAACGGGUGUGUGACCUAUUCAGAGUCCAUCUCUUCCAUGUCUGGCAGCUGCAGUGAGCGAUUAGAACUGGAUAUUUUCGACGAGCUCACCAAAUCCAAUGCACACACGCUCAUAAUAUUAAUAGUGCCGAGUACGGAAACACCCCAACAUAAAACUUUGAGUCCCUCGAGAACGAGUUUUGCAGAAUCAAUUGGGUUUGUUGUGGGGAAAAUGUUCCAUGUUGAAACUUGAGCGUGGAUGUAGCCGCGCGUUCUUGUACGGAAAUGUGACACUAUUUUCAAAACACGAGAAUCUGUUACACGAUUUACACAUUUUUUUAAACAAAUUGUGCUCGUUUGUUUACGACAACACUGUGUAUGACCAUGUUUUUGUUUUAGUAAACUGUCAAAGUAUUUUUUUUGGACAUUGUGUUCUCGUAAAGGGAUUUUAUUUAACGAUUACAAAAUGAUUUCAUAAUCCAAAAGAUCUACUGAAACAGUUUGUCCUCUGACAGCAAACAGCUUGAUAUGAGAAUGUAAAUAGUUGAAUAUUGUGUAAAUUUGAAUGUUUUAACAUAUAUUGCAUCAAAAACUGGCCUCAAAACGGCCUUAAAUACAGAAAGGGGUCAAAAAAAAUGCAAACUAGCACUACUGAAAUCGAUUUAACCUUCUGAGACCCUGCGUCCACAUGCGAGGGGACAUUACGACUAUGCUUCAUUUCAUUUAAACCAACUGAUCCCAGUUCAGGAGACUCUAGACUGUCAUUAAAGGGUUAAACUUGGUAAACUUGGCGCAUCCUAUAUCUCUCCUAUAACUGUUCUGAGACCAGUGCAGACAGACAGCACACUGGAGGUUAAGUCAUUCACUAAAUAGGGAGCAAGGGAGCAUCCUAUAGCUCUCUAUAACUGUUCUGAGACCAGUACAGACAGACAGCACACUGAAGGUUAAGUCAUGCACUAAAUAGGGAGCAAGGGAGCAUCCUAUAGCUCUCCUAUAACUGUUCUGAGAGCAGUGCAGACAGACAGCACACUGGCGGUUAAGUCAUUCACUAAAUAGGGAGCAAGGGAGCAUCCUAUAGCUCUCCUAUAACUGUUCUGACAGCAGUGCAGACAGACAGCACACUGGCGGUUAAGUCAUUCACUAAAUAGUGAGCAAGGGAGCAUCCUAUAGCUCUCCUAUAACUGUUCUGAGAGCAGUGCAGACAGACAGCACACUGGAGGUUAAGUCAUGCACUAAAUAGGGAGCAAGGGAGCAUCCUAUAGCUCUCCUAUAACUGUUCUGAGACCAGUGCAGACAGACAGCACACUGGAGGUUAAGUCAUGCACUAAAUAGGGAGCAAGGGAGCAUCCUAUAGCUCUCCUAUAACUGUUCUGAGACCAGUGCAGACAGACAGCACACUGGAGGUUAAGUCAUGCACUAAAUAGGGAGCAAGGGAGCAUCCUAUAGCUCUCCUAUAACUGUUCUGAGACCAGUGCAGACAGACAGCACACUGGAGGUUAAGUCAUUCACUAAAUAGGGAGCAAGGGAGCAUCCUAUAGCUCUCUAUGCAGUUAAGUGCGUUCACUCCUAAUAUCUGUUCAAAAGUUCAGUUUCAGGCUGCAGAUGAUGUUUGGACACUCAACAUGUUUAUAAUGGAUCAUUUUAUUUGAACAUGAUUGACAGUGAUUGGACGAUGCUGGACGUUACUUUGAAUCUGAAUAAAUUAUGCUAAUUUAUGAUGUAAUGUCUGUAACGUCUCAAAAACAUGAAUAAUCAACACUCCUGAACACAUAAUAAACAAUUUGAUGAAUAAAUCAGACUUUCUAUAACUUGAUAUCGUUUAAAAUUUCACGACUUAGUCCCGCUGUGCACAUACGAGGACAUAUAUUUUAAGGAAACCUAUUUUGUCUAAAAAGUUAUUUAUUUAUUUUUUGCUUGUUCAUUAGUUGCUACUAGUCACAAAUCAAAAGGGGGAAUGGAUAAUGCACACAGCAGUCACGCUCGGGUCUCAGGAGGUUAAGGCGAUUUAUCUGACGAUGGUCUUCAACUGAAAGUAAUGUCCUGCUAACAGUUCACUUAACGCCAAGAACGCAACACUGUUCUUACAUAGUCUGACUAAAAUAAGACUUAUUUCCACUACUGCAUUUAUAUAAUAUCAUUUAAUAAUAUUAUAUAUAAUUACAUGUUAAAAUGUAUAAGUUACGGUGCUAAAAACAAUUGAACGCAGCCUUCGCUAGCAUGUUAGCAUGCUGUAUUAGCGUAUGCUUUUGUGUUUUUACAGUUGCUUAACUGAUUAAAGAGACAAAUUUGUUACAAUAAUAGAUUUGUAGCAAUUAAAUUACAAAAAUAUGUCCUUGCUAAACAAAUAAGUCCACCUUAAGACCAGCUAGCCACCUUAAUUAGGCUGUUUUAAGCAGUUUUUCUUGUAAACAAGGACGGCUAAUUUGAAUCUGACCCCUUCAUUAAAGGGGAAGUAAUAUUGUGAAUGUUAACUAAUGUUGGAAAUCACAAUCCUAUCAUAAUUCAAGCUAUCGAGUCACUCGCGAUGUAUUUCAUGUAACAAAAUUCAACAUUUGACAUAAAUGUUGGAAAAAUAGAUCAAAUUAAAAUAUGUAACAAACGACAAAUCAGUCUGACCCUACCUCUCAUAAUCAUGAUUAUUCAUGUGUUUUAUGUGUUCAGCUCUUUUUAUGUUUGACCGUAUUUAUUCUGUAUUAAAAUGUAGAUAUGUUACAUUACUAUGACACUGUAUGUCUGCUCAUAAUCAAUUGUUUUAUUAGAUAUUAACCGGCUCAGAGUUAAUCGGGGCACUUGCAUUUUCUGUGCUAAUUUUAGGACAAAAUCAACAGGGUUCUGUGAAAUGGAUGUAAACGUGUGUUAAAUGGUGCUAAAGUACUACACUCCUACAGGUAGCUAAAAGCAUCAUUAAGUUAACUCAAAUAUUGCAUCAUUCUUUGGAGUUUUAUAGGCACAGAUUCACAUUUUCUUUUGUCAUUUAUGGGUUAUUAACAGUGUAAUGGUGCUGUUUUAACUACUGUUUUCACAUGCUUAAAUCUUCAUGUUUCACAUAUAAAUACAUACUUUAAAUACUUAAAGGGACAGUACACAAUGUAAAUUCAGUCAUUG